AAAUAUGUCGGAGGCGACGCGGAGGGAGGCUGGGAGAGAGAGCUUUUCGAGUCUUUUUCUCCCUCCAGAAGAAUCGCAACGUGAAAAUGAGCAUGCUAGGUGCAGGAGUCCACUACAUGUAGCGGAACUUCCUACUCUACGCACUCUGGCAUGUCUCCGCGCGUACAGCCAUAACCCGCAGACCAAGCGCUCCCAACACUAACAACCAAAGGGACUCGGACAUCCCUAAUGAGUAUGGCAACACAAGUAUUGACUCGGAGAGCAGCGAUUACAGAGUACUUCAUGAAGAACAAGAGCAAACACAGACAUCGUUUUGCCCAAUAACAUCAAGUUGGGAGAUGAACUAUCAUGAGGCUGCAAUAUUCUUGGAAGAAGGCGAAAACAACGACAAAUUCAACAGCCAUCCUCGCGACCGCAGUGCCCUGCCAGCUUACCUCUUAACACACAACCAUUGGUUCUAUUCCCUCGAUUUAGCAGCUGCAUUACUCCUCAUGUCUCUGGCAGUCAUAGAGCAGCCAGCAGUGUUUGAGGGUGUUCCUGUUGGAGUUCAUGGAUCCAUAGAACUUUUUGGGCUCUUUCUUGUUGGCAUAUCCAUCGUCAUGCAGCUCAGAUGGCUUGGCCUGCGAACCUUCGUCCAGCAUAAACGUUCAGCUGUGAAGAGUGUGACAUGGGUUGUCAUGAUAAUUGAAGCAGUUGUGGUAAUAGUCCGAAACACAAGCCAUUUUCGAGUCACACGAGCUUUGCGUCCAAUCUUCUUUGUGGAUAGCAGAUAUCUAGGUGGUGUCCGAAGAUUUCUGAGGCAGAUACUUCAGUCAGUGCCACCAAUCCUUGAAGUCUUGGGAAUUCUAUUUUUCAUCCUUAUUAUUUUCACUACACUAGGAUUCUACCUCUUUAGCCCAGACCAGAAAAAUCCCUAUUUCACUACGUUUCAGCAGGGAUUCGUGUCCCUCUAUGUGCUCCUCACCACAGCAAAUUUUCCAGAUGUAAUGAUGCCUGCUUAUGCCAAAAGCCGAUGGAGUGCUGCUUUCUUCAUCGCAUUCCUGGCCGUCAAUUUGUAUUUUCUUAUGAAUUUGAUGCUUGCCGUGGUGUUUGUGGUCUUCAGUGACAUUGAGAAAGACAAAUUCCGCAAGCUCCUACUCCACAAGAGAAAGGCCUGCCAGUAUGCUUUCCGCUUGCUGGUCACACGAUCCCAGCCAACACACAUUCCCUUCCGGCAUUUCCAUGGCCUCAUCAAGUUCUUCCGACCUCAAACUAGUUGGCGAGACGCGUACCUGUCAUUCAAAGCCCUGAACCGCACGGAAACAGGCCUGCUUAACCUUUCUGAAUUUUAUAACAUCUACGAUAUUUGCGAGUUCAAAUGGAAACCCUGCCAGUCUGCGGAUCCUUGGUUCAUUGACGUUCCGAAUCCUCUCCGGGGAUGCUGCUUCCUCAUCCGUCGGCUUGUGAUGUGGAAAUGGUUCGACUUUGUCAUAUGGGAUAUGAUCACAGAUGUUGUAAUUAUUUCCAAUGCCCUUGUGCUGUUGGUGAAGACGAUAAUGUUAUCUGCAAGUGGUCAACCAAUAUCAUAUGAUGUACACGUCACCUGGGACCAAGUAGCUUUCGUUGCGUUCUACACCUUUGAGGCUAUCCUCAAGAUGAUUGGUCUAGGAUUUUCAGCCUACUUUCACCUUGGCUGGAACAUCUAUGAUUUCUUUGUGACGGUGCUGGCCAUCAUAGGGAUCAUUGCAGAACGCUUUUCCAGUUCCUUCUUCUAUGUUGUGAUUCUGCGGCCUCUGAGGCUUCUAAGACUGUUCAGAAUGCGAAAGAGAUACAGAGACGUCUUCCAAACUCUAGUGAUUCUGUUGCCUAGAGUUAUGUCAGCCAUUGUUGUCAUCAUUAUCACAUAUUAUUUCUUUGCUAUCAUUGGCAUGGAACUCUUCUCCCAGUAUAAUAUGAAGAACUGCUGUAUAAACACAACAGUUGAGCAGUUUUAUAAAGAUGACAAUACAACAGUGUACGUCAACUAUUACUAUCUCAACAACUUUGAUGACCUCUUUAAGGCAGGAGUAACAUUGUUUGAGCUGACGGUUGUUAAUAACUGGUUCAUCAUUAUGGAAGGUUAUGCAGCUGUAAGUGGCGAAUGGUCGAGAUUGUUCUUCAUGCUGUUUUACCUGGUGAUGAUGGUCGUUAUGUCUGUUGUUGUCGCCUUCAUCCUUGAGGCUUUUACCUUUAGGAUGCAGUACAACCAGGCAGUACAGGAGGAUAAAGAUGAUGAUGAGGAUAAAGUGCACAUCUUUGUUGGACUCUCAAAGGAAGAGCUGCGUUUUGUAUACAGCAGACCAGAUGACACUUUAACCUUACAGCAAUACACAGCUGCCCUUGAAACAGAGGGUAUUGUGAGAUAUGAAGGCACCCGCAGGAGAACGCGAGUGGUCCUCCAGCGGCGCAUGUACCGUGACGAGAUCCCUGGAUGGCUCCUAGAGGCAGACCAGCAGAAUCGCACAGCUACAGGGAACCAUAUAAGUCACCCUGUUCUAACGAGUCACACCCUCCCUGUCAGCAUUGAAGCUCGGCAAGGGCAGUCCAACACCCCCUCCCAGACCCCACCGUCCUUUUAUGGUGCGCUCAACAGCAAUGGCCUGGCAGACGACGAAGGCUGUGACACUUGAUGAAACAGGGUCUUCUUUAGGGUAUUUGAGAUUAGUUGUUAGAGGUGCCAUUUUCACCUCUGUAUUUUCAUUUUUAUGUGUUUUUGUUUACUGAUUUUAAAGAAUUAGAUGCAUUAUAAAGAGUUUAUUUGUUUUAUGUACAGUUACUUAUAUAAUUAAAAUUUAUUGAAGUUUGGAAGAUUUGUUCAGCUACUGAAGUAAAGUAAAAUAUGUAUAUUCCAACAACCAGGUAUCACAAAAAGGAUUUUAGGUGUUACUCUAUAAAUUAGCUUGAGUUUCGUUCAACUGCCUAUAUGCUGAAAUAAUAAGAAUGAGAAUGGGUGAAAUAAUUCCAUUCAUUCCUCAUUAUUCAUAUAACUGUACAGAUAUAGUUUGCUUUGAAAGAACAAAGUUAAUAAUUUCUCUAUUUAUUUCUAUUUCUCAAUUUCUCUUUUUUUUCUAUUUCUCUCAUUCUUUCUCUAUCUCUGUUUUUCUGCCUUUUUUUCUCUCUCUUUUUUUUCUCUCUCUCCCCCUCCCU